UGGAGGUAGCGGGUGACAGACGCUCCCCUCCUGGCUUCGAGAGUUCAUCCGGAGUCUACCCUCCGCGGGUUUCCUCAGACCUGCAGGCCGCUCUGGGCCAUCGCCAUCGCCAUCGCCGGCAACUGCAGUUGUGGGUUGCCUCCAUCGCCAACGUCGUGGUGGCCAUCGUCGAAGGCCUUUCUGCUUCGGCCUCGGCAGGUGGAGGGGGGGAAAAGAGAGAAGGGCGAAGAGGUGGUCGUUCGAGAUGGCGAGGGGUGGGAGGUUCUCUGCGGCGGCGGUCUGUGUGAUUGGCGUGGCCAUCGUCUGCCUUCUAGGCGCCCCUUCUUUUGUGCGCUGCUCCAAUGACGACGAGGGCUCUGAUGUGCUUGUAUUGACUCCCGAAACGUUCGAUGAAGUCGUGGGUAAGGAUCAACACGUGUUCGUGAAGUUCUACGCCCCCUGGUGCGGGCACUGCAAGAGGUUGGCCCCUGACUGGGACAUGCUGGGUACCGCAUUCAAGAAGGUGGGCUCCGUGGCUAUAGCGAAGGUGGACUGCGAUGCUCACAAAGAUCUGUGCUCUAGGUUUUCGAUUAGCGGGUACCCGACGUUGAAGUUUUUCCCCAAGGGUUCUCUCACUCCUCAGGACUACCAAGGCGGCAGAACCCCGGAUGACCUGAUCGAGUUUGUGAACAGGGAGGCAGGCACCAAUGCAAGGACGUCGAAACCCCCCUCCAAUGUGGUGGUAUUGACACCCUCCAACUUCGACGCGAUUGCGCUGGAUGCUAGCAAGAAUGUGCUCGUCGAGUUCUAUGCCCCAUGGUGCGGCCACUGCAAGACUCUGGCUCCCAUCUACGAGAGAGUCGCUAAUGCCUUCGCUGCUGAGGAUGGUGUGGUUAUCGCCAAGGUGGAUGCCGAUGCACACAAGGAUCUCGGCGGCAAGUACGGGGUCAGCGGGUUCCCUACCCUGAAAUGGUUUGGUGCGGAGUCGAAGCAUGGGGAAGACUAUGAAGGGGGGAGAACGCUCGAGGAUCUCGUCAAGUUUGUGAAUGAGAAGGCGGGAACGAAGAGGAAUGUUCAUGGCGGACUCACCGCCGAUGCGGGACUGGUACCCGAACUGGAUGAGAUUGCCAAGGAGUUCAUGUCGGCGGACGACGAAUCUGCAAAGGAGGGGCUGCUCAAGAAGGCGGAGGAAAGUGCCAGCAAACUCACAGGCGCAGCAGCUGCUCACGCUGAGAUCUACUUGAAGGUGUUCAAGUCUGUGCUCAAGAAGGGAGCUGAUUAUGCGGUCAAGGAGGGAGAGAGGAUUUCGCGAAUCCUCAAGUCGAAUGCUGUUGCCAAGGCCAAGGAGACGCAGCUCACUCUCAAGAAGAACAUCCUCUCCUCCUUUGCUAGUUAAGAGCCUUCUGUUGUUAGAUCGUCAGACUUAUGGACCACAUCUCAGUGCGAUCUGAAUGCUUGCCAGAUUGCUGUUCUGGUGGUCCAUACAUGAAUGAUGCAUCCAGCCGUUGAUGGUCUCAUGGCUCACGCAUCCCCCCCCCCCCUCUCCUCUCUCUCUCUCUCUCUCUCUCUCUCUCUCUCUCUCUCUCUCUCUCUCUCUCUCUCUCUCUCUCUCUCUCUCUCUCUCNUCUCUCUCUCUCUCUCUCUCUCUCUCUCUCUCUCUCUCUCUCUCUCUCUCUCUCUCUCUCUCUCUCUCUCUUGCUUGCUUGCUCGCUGUGUGUUGUAGUGUUUGAAGGAAAGCGAAGAGGAAGAUCUCAUGCCUCUUGCGUUGGCAGUGAAGAGGCUGUGCGGUGGUAGGAUUAGGUUGGUUUGCGUACUUAGUCUGUCUUGUUGGAGAUGGGGUUUUGCUGAGUAAAGCAUAUCCCUCUCGUUCGUUUUUCGUGUCUGCGACGCUAUGGAGAGAAAAUUGUUCAAGGUCGUUGUAGUCUUUGCUGUCCUGUCUUAUCUCUCCUCUAUUCCCCACUCAGUGGAACAAUGCCUCUGGUUUCUUUGCACAAUUUGCCACGGCCCAACCAACCACGUUCCUCUGCUUUUCAUCACAACGAUGGUGACCUUGCGGCCGAGUAAGCAACCGCUUGCUGUGCAUCUUUCUGCAGGAUAACCUUUUUUUCUUCUUCUUUUUCCUUUCAAGUAUAUUCCCUUGUGCAGGGCAAAUGCCAAUGUUCUCUGUAUUGUUCCAAUUUUAACAGAUGCCCUGAAGGGCGACACCGAUACCCAUCACGUUUCUUCCAUUUUUUGAUCCUGUGGCCGAUCUCUCAAUGGCCCAGAGAAUUGACGAAAGCCAGAACUUGUGAAUGUCACUUGGCUGGUGUUGUGGUUCGGGUGUUUUUCAACGGAGGUUGAUGGUCUGCAUGCUAGUCGACCGCUGUCACGAGCAUUUAUGGGGGGGGGCCUUGGUUGCUGGACUUACCUUGCUUCGUUUUGCUUUGCUAUGCCUUAUGGGGGGGGGCCUUGGUUGCCGGACUUACCUUGCUUCGUUUUGCUUUGCUAUGCCUUCAUCCCCAUAGUACGAUGCAAACGGUGGUGAUUUGCAUUGAUGCACUUUUGCAGCGCUAUCAUUUGUCCCCGAACACCUUGUGUGCCCGCGUUAUGCCUGUACUGGA